AUGGCCAGCCAGGCGUCCCGGACGUGCGGGCGAGCCUCGUCACGGGUCCCGGGACGGGCGGGCAAGCCUCGUCACGGGUCCCGGGAGCGGGCAGACGAAGCCCGCCACGGGUCCCGGGAACGGGCGGGCGAGGCCUGCCACAGGUCCCAGGAACGGGCGGGCGAGGCCUGCCACGGGUCCCGGGAACGGGCGGGCGAGGCCCGCCACGGGUCCCGGGAACAGGCGGGCGUGGCCUGCCAGGCGUCCCGGGACGGGCGGGCGAGGCCCGCCUGGCUUCCCGGGAAGGGCGGGCGAGGCCUGCCAGGCGUCCCGGGACGGGCGAGCGAGGCCCGCCAGGCGUUCCUGGACGGGUGGGCGAGGCCCAUCAGGCAUCACGGGACGGGCGAGCGAGGCCCGCCAGGCGUCCCGGGACGGGUGGGCGGGGCCCAUCAGGCAUCACGGGACGGGCGGGCGAGGCCCAUCAGGCUUCACGGGACGGGCAAGCGAGGCCCGCCAGGCGUCCCUGGACGGGUGGGCGAGGCCCAUCAGGCUUCACGGGACGGGCGGGCGAGGCCUGCCAGGCGUCCCAGGGAUGGGCGGGUGUGGCCCGCCAAGCGUCCCAGGACGGGCGGGCGAGGCCUGCCAGGCGUCCGGGACGGGCGGGCGAGGCCCGCCAGGCAUCUCGGGACGGGCGGGCGAGGCCCACCAGGCUUCCCGGGAUGGGCGGGCGAGGUCUGCCAGGCAUCCCGGGAUGGGCAGGCGUGGCCCACCAGGCGUCCUGGGACGGGCGGGCGAGGCCCGCCAGGCGUCCCUGGGACGGGCGGGCUUGGCCUGCCAGGCGUCCUAGGACAGGGUGGGCGAGGCCGGCCAGGCGUCCGGGACCGGGUGGGCGAGGUCCAAGCCGGUGUCCCAGGGUACGUUGCGAGCAUGGCCGGCCCAUGCGUUCCUGGGACGGGUCUGCCUGGCGAGGCCCUUCCAGGCGUUCCCGAAGACGGGCGGGACGGGCGGGUGCGGACCGCCAGGCAUCUCUUAGGCUGCAGCUUUUAG